AUGGCCGCACACGUGGAGCAGCCCAGCCCCGAACAGGCCCCACGUAAGGAGGGCGAGUGCCUGAUCUGUAAAGCUCCCUGCCAGACGGUCUUCCUCUCAAAACACACGGACCCAGGGGUCCAGGCGCUCUUCAUGGGCAUAGACGGCCUGUGCAGGAAGUACUCCAAGGAGACCUCCCAGAUUUCAGAAUUUCAAGAAAAACACAGAAAGAGGCUGUUAGCCUUCUACAGAGAAAAGAUCGCCAGGCUGGAGGAGUCCCUCAGGAAGGCGAUGCUGCGGGUGGAGCAGCUGCAAAGUAUGAGACCGUCCCAACACACAGCCUUCAGCGCGCUGAGAAGUCCAGUUUCAACAGAGCCCCGCGGACAGCUGCUCCGGCCUCCCGGCUCCUCCGCCUCCUCCGAGAGGUUGGAGCCCAUGGAGGUCGACCUCACGCCCUCCCCCCUGAGAAGGCCCGAGCCAGCCGGCCCCACCAGAGUCUCCCUGAUCAGCCCUCCCCAGGACGGACGCAUGGGUAGCGUCUCCCGCCUAGGCCCUCAGCAGCUCAGCCUGACGCCAGGUCGCACCAGCGGAUUCCAGACACUCAGGUGCUCCUACACCAUGGGUGCCGCGAGCAGCGUCUCCGGGAGGCUUUCUGAUCAGCAAGUGCAGAGCCGGGAGGCGGGGCCGCAGUCUGAGGAAGCCCUGACAGAGCCUGCACUGACCCACACGCAGGGCUGGCCAGCAGCUCAGGUGGGACUGAUGCUCAAGCUCGGCUGGGGCCAGCGUGCUCCCCUCGCCCACCAGCCGGGCCACAUGGGGAUGAAAGAGGCUUGUGGGUUCAUUGUAAUCCUCUACGUCAUCAUCAGCUCUGCGUGGUGUGCGCUGCGUCACCUGGACCCGCGCCUCACCGACGGCUGUCCCGUCAGCGAGUGCACAGUGCGGGGGACGCCCGCCGCCCAGUGA